AGGUACGACAAAUCAUGGAGGUGGUGUCAAAAGAAAGUGCCUCAUAUGCAACUUAUUUAGAUUCCAGAAUAUAUCUGGACACCUUCUAUGGUGUAGACCCUCAAACGCAGGAAGUAGAUAAAGAAUCCAAAUUUGUCCUCUCUUUUCUAUCGAAAGCAUUUGCUUCAGGUUGUAUACAAGGGGAUAAUUUGAUAGAAAUUGCUGCAGGUCCAACAAUAUGUCAUAUUCUCUCAGCCUGUGAAAAUUUCAACAACAUCUACCUGACGGAUUAUUUCCAAAAUAACUUAAACGAAAUCGGACUGUGGUUGAAUGAGGACAAAAAUGCCUUUGAUUGGUCUUCAUACAUAAAACAAGCAUGUGAACUGGAAGGUGGCAGGUCAACACCUGAGGAAAAAGCAGAGAAGAUUAGGGGAAAGGUCUCCUUUCUGAAAUGUGAUGUCACCCAAGCCAACCCUCUCCAUCCACUUUCACUGCCUCAAGUGGACUGUGUGAUCUUCGCAUCAUGUCUCAUUUGUGUUGCUACAACAUUGGAAGAGUUUAUAGCGUAUCUAAAGAAUAUUGUGACUUUGUUAAAACCUGGAGGAUAUCUCAUAGUGUCUGAAUAUCUCAGAGCCUCUCAGUAUGUUGUAGGGGAUAAAUUAUUUUCUGCUCUUUCAGUGGAGGAAAACUUUGUCAAGAAAGCAAUGGCCGAUUCUGGAUGUGUUGUUGAAGAGUUUCAUGUACUUAGGGACCUCAACUCCCAAGGAGAAUUUUACGAUAGUCAAGAUAUAUUCUGUUUAAAAGCUCAAAAAAUGUGAUGGCAGACCUGAUUGAAUAUUAUCUAUGCAAAAGUUGAAGAAAAUAGGGGCCACUUUCCUUUCUUGUAAAAUAACAUUCCUGUUCAAGACGAGCCAUAAUUAAAAUCUCCUCGUUGACAUCAUCUUCACAAGGUUCUCCCAUUUUUAAUCAUCGGACCUCGUUACUUCUUUUCUUUUACUUCCCUUUUCCUCAUUAUUCUAAAACUAUCCCUGACUGCUACCCAUCCUUCUUUCAGUUACACCACAAGUCUAUUAAGAUUUCAGUUGAACACAAUGUUUUAUGUGCUGUUAACGUGCCAAAU